UAGAAACAAACAAACCGAGAAUUAUGAGAGAGAGAAUGACAGAUAGAUUGAUGAAGAAGAUGAGGUUUGGAGAGACAGAGCUUCAUGAUUUUUUCUCUUUCUAAUCUCUUUCCCUAGAGGAAUUAUCCCACUUCUGUCUGAAACUUUAUUUUUUUUAAAAAAAUAUAAAUUUUCUCACUACUCCCCCCUCCCGAUCAUCAAUCAUCUCUUUUGUUUCAGGUAGCACGCGAAUGGAGGAGGAGUUAAAACCUGCUGAAGUCGAAACCCGUUCAGAACCAGCUAUUAGAGCAUCCGAGGCUACUACUGUAAGCGCAGAUGUUGUUAGUGAUAAUGCUGCAGCAGUGAUGAUUCCACCAGCGAGUCAAACAGAUGGCUCAACUGGCAAUGCCGCAAGUUAUGUCGAUGACACGGUUCAGCCGUCCAGUUUCUCUAAUCCCGAGGAACCUUCGGUUAUUGCUUCUUCCCAUGCUGCUGCAACUGUCGAAAAAGUAAUUCCUAAUCCAACAAUCAUUCCAAAGGUGUCGGAGACAGAGGGUACAGCAACAAAUGGUGGAACACCCGUGGAUUCGCAUAGAGGUUUAAUCGACACUGCUGCACCCUUUGAAUCCGUUAAAGAAGCCGUCUCGAAGUUCGGAGGAAUCACCGACUGGAAAUCCCACCGAAUCCAAACGGUAGAGAGACGCAAGCUCAUCGAAGAAGAGCUCAAGAAGAUACAGGAGGAGAUUCCCGAGUGCAGAACGCACUCGGAAACCGCCGAGGCCGCGAAGCAGCAAGCGGUCAAGGAGCUAGAAAGCACAAAGAGGCUCAUCGAACAGCUGAAGCUUAAUCUCGAGAAAGCGCAGACGGAGGAACAGCAGGCCAAGCAGGACUCGGAGCUCGCUAAGCUGAGGGUCGAGGAGAUGGAGCAAGGGAUAUCCGACGACGUCAGCGUCGCUGCUAAAGCCCAGCUCGAGGUGGCUAAGGCCAGGCACACGUCAGCAGUUACUGAGCUGCGUUCCGUCAAGGAGGAGCUUCAAACUCUGCGUAAUGAAUACAACGAUCUAGUGAAAGAGAGAGAUGUUGCCGUCAAGAAAGUGGAAGAAGCGAUGUCGGCUUCGAAAGAAGUUGAGAAGAGAGUGGAAGAGCUCACCAUAGAGCUGAUAGCUACGAAGGAGUCGCUGGAGUCGGCGCACGCUUCUCAUCUGGAGGCGGAAGAGCAGAGGAUCGGAGCAGCGAUGGCUAGAGACCAGGAUACGCUCCGCUGGGAGAAGGAGCUGAAGCAAGCGGAGGAGCAAGUCCAGAAGCUUAACCAAGAGAUACUCUCUUCCAAAGAUCUCAAGUCGAAGCUCGACACGGCUUCGGCGUUGCUUCUUGAUCUAAAGGCGGAGCUCGUGGCUUACAUGGAGUCCAAGCUAAACCAGGAAACGUGUGAGAACGCUAGCCAUCACGGAGAUUCGAAUAAGGAACUAGAAGAAGUGAAUGCGAGUGUCGAGAAAACGGCAGCUGAGGUGAACUGCUUGAAAGUAGCCUCUUCUUCCUUGAAGCUUGAGCUCGAGAGAGAGAAGUCUGCUCUUGCAUCUGUUAAACAGAGAGAAGGAAUGGCUGCCAUAGCAGUCGCUUCGCUUGAAGCCGAGAUCGAGAGAACGAGGUCGGAGAUAGCUUCGGUUCAGUUCAAGGAGAAAGAAUCGAGAGACAAGAUGGUGGAGCUUCCCAAGCAGCUUCAGCUAGCAGCGGAAGAAGCCGACGAAGCGAAGCUUCUGGACGAACGCGCCCGCGAAGAGCUGCGAAUGGCCAGAGAAGAAGCGGAGCAGGCGAAAGCUGGAGCGAAUACGAUGGAGAGCAGGCUGUUCGCCGCGCAGAAAGAGAUCGAGGCGGCUAAGGCCUCGGAGAGGCUGGCCUUAGCCGCCAUCAAGGCUUUGGAGGCUAAUGAUGAUGGUAUGGACGAAUCUUUACGUAGCAGCAGCGUUACACUCUCACUAGAAGAGUACUACGAGCUGAGCAAACGCGCUCACGAGGCGGAAGAAGCGGCGAAGGAGAGAGUCGCAGCGGCGGUUUCUCGGAUCGAGGAAGCUAAAGAAGCGGAGAUGAGGAGCUUGGAGAAGCUGGAAGAAGUGAACAGAGACAUGAAUGCAAGAAAGAAAUCACUGAAAGAAGCAACCGAAAAGGCGGAGAAGGCGAAAGAAGGGAAGCUGGGGGUGGAGCAGGAGCUGAGGAAGUGGAGGGCAGAGCAUGAGCAGAAAAGAAAAGUUGGUGGUGACAGUGAGAAAAUCGUGAGAGCAAGCUCUGCAGGAGCGAAUGAGCUGAGUAAGCUGGCGCAAUCACCUGAGGUGUACAGUCCAAGUGAAUCAUAUGGAACAGAAGAUAACUCUGAGACCGGUCAGUUCCCACCGAGCAAGACUGGUAAGAAGAAGAAGAAGAAGCUUACGCUCCCACGGUUUUUUAUGUUUUUGUCAAAGAAGAAGUCACAUAAUUGAGUUCGUUUGCCAGUUCGAUGGUUCAAACAAUAAUGUUAAUAAUGUUUCUGCCACAUUUUAUUGGAGCUUUGGACACGAUCUCCAUUUGAAAUUUGUAUUUUGUAAAUUGGGAAUUUUAUUUGAAAUUGUUACU